CAGUUUGAGAAUGCAAGACAUUGUAAGGUCAUUUAACAGUCUCUUCCACCUACUGUUUCCUGUCUUGCUCCUUUGUGGCACUAAUCACCCCCCAUACUCAGAGCUCAGGUUGCGUCCAGGCGCAGCAGAAGAACCUGUGGAGGUCUCUGCCUCCACCUGGCGAUGGAUGGGAAGAAAUGAGGAGCAGUGGAGCUCCGGCAUUCGCGUCUGCUGCUCCAGUCUCUCUCUCUCUCUCUCUCUCUCUCUCUCUCUCUCUCUCUCUCUCUCUCUCUCUCAUCAUGAAUGAAAGAAGCCUCUUCCUCAGGUAUGCCUUCUAACCCUCAAUUGCGCUCCAGCGACCGUCAACAGCAACAACUACUACUACCAGAGCCGGCCGUUUCACUCCGUCUCGGGUGGAUGGAAGAAGCACAUUAUAGCCACGGGAAAAUUACUGCUGUAGGCUAAUAUAAGUGAAAACUUCAAGGAUUCAUAAGAGUGAUUAAAAACAACAACAACAACAACAACAAAAACUGAGCCAUGGCGACAAUCGGGGAUUUCGACCCACUCAACUCCACAGUACCUGCGACAAAGAUUGAAAUCACCGUUUCCUGCAGAAACCUGUUAGACAUGGACACCUUCUCUAAGUCAGAUCCAGUGGUGGUGUUAUAUGUACAAGGCCUGGGGACCAAGGAGUGGAGAGAGUUUGGACGGACAGAAGUAAUUGAUAACACGCUGAACCCCGACUUUGUGAGGAAGUUUGUCCUUGAUUUCUUCUUUGAAGAGAAGCAGAACCUUCGCUUUGAUGUGUACAAUGUGGAUACCAGGAGCUCCAACCUUUCAAAACAUAAGGACUUCCUGGGUCAGAUGUUCUGUACGUUGGGUGAGAUCAUUGGCUCAACUGGCAGCAGGCUGGAAAGGACACUCUCUGGGAUUCCUGGGAAGAAGUGUGGAACUAUCAUCUUCACAGCUGAGGAGCUCAGUAACUGCCGGGACAUAGCCACCAUGCAAUUCUGUGCCAACAAGCUGGAUAAAAAGGAUUUCUUCGGCAAGUCAGACCCUUUCCUUGUCUUCUACCGGAGCAAUGAGGAUGGGACGUUCACCAUCUGCCACAAGACUGAGGUGAUUAAGAACAACCUGAACCCUGUUUGGCAACCAUUUACAAUCCCUGUUCGAGCACUCUGUAAUGGAGACUAUGACAGGACGGUCAAGGUGGAUGUUUAUGACUGGGACAGAGAUGGGAGUCACGACUUUAUCGGAGAGUUCACCACCAGCUACAGAGAACUGUCCAGAGGCCAAAGCCAGUUCAACGUCUAUGAGGUUUUGAAUCCGAAGAAGAAAGGCAAGAAGAAGAAAUACAUCAAUUCAGGGACGGUGACGCUGCUGUCUUUCAAAGUGGAGUCAGAGUACACGUUUGUCGAUUUCAUAAGAGGAGGGACACAACUCAAUUUCACUGUGGCCAUAGACUUCACAGCAUCUAACGGUAACCCGUCCCAGCCCACCUCACUGCACUACAUGAGUCCCUAUCAGAUGAAUGCGUAUGCCAUGGCUCUGAAAGCUGUGGGAGAGAUUAUCCAGGACUACGACAGUGACAAACUCUUCCCAGCAUACGGCUUCGGAGCUAAACUUCCCCCAGACGGCAAGAUCUCCCACGCCUUCCCACUGAACUCAAAUACAGAAAAUCCAAACUGUGUGGGCAUCGAUGGUGUACUAGAGGCUUACUUCCAGAGUCUGCGAACUGUUCAGCUGUAUGGCCCAACCAACUUUGCUCCUGUCAUCAACCAGGUGGCUCGGUGUGCUGCAGCAGUGACUGACGGCUCCCAGUACUUUGUGCUGCUGAUGAUCACAGACGGCGUCAUCUCCGACAUGGCACAGACUAAAGAGUCUGUGGUCAAUGCAGCCUCCCUGCCCAUGUCCAUCAUCAUAGUAGGAGUGGGCCCUGCUGAGUUUGAUGCUAUGGAGGAGCUGGAUGGGGAUGAGGUCAGAGUGUCCUCCAGGGGACGCUUUGCUGAGAGAGACAUUGUCCAGUUUGUUCCCUUCCGGGACUACAUCGACCGGUCAGGGAACCAGGUCCUGAGCAUGGCCCGACUUGCUAAGGAUGUCCUAGCGGAGAUCCCCGACCAGCUGCUGUCCUUCAUGAAGAGCCGGGGGAUAGAACCCCGGCCCCCUCUGCCAACCACCUCUGACUCCCCCUCAAUGUCCACCAAUACCGCACCCACCACGGCUGCCCAGAAGGAACGUAACAUGCACGCCUGAAAUGAAGGCAGUGAGCAGAGCAGUAUGCUGGUUGGAGAUGUCAGCAAAGGGAGAUGUGCGUUGGUGUCUGUGUUUGUGUGUGUGUGUGUCGCAAAAUUUCAGGAUUGGUUGACAGGAACAAAGUCAGGAUGUGGAAGAUUGUUUCCAUAGUAAGUUGAAAGGGAGACCUACCAGAAGAGAGUACAUUCCUUUAAAAGUGUUGGUGGUGAGGAUUUCCCCCAACAAGAUUUGGACUGGAAAAGUGGAAAACACACUUUAGGCCCUUUUGAUAUUUCUGGCUCUGAUUUUUGUCUGCAUCUAUCGUCAUACACCCUCUGCAGGGGCAGCACGCAUAUCAUUAUACACAAACUGCAUUUAAAUCGAAGGCUUCAAAUGUAGUUUAGCACUUCUGCUUCAGUCAUCAGUUCCAACAUUUCAAAUAAGCGACUAAGGCCACAACUGACUUUUCCUGCAGAAGUUGAGUCUACAGCUCUGUCCACCCCACUUCAGUUUCCGUAACACUCUUCCUGCUCACGGAGAUAAGAGUGUCUGCUGUAAUAGAGUAAUAAAUCCUGAAGUGGCCGAGCAAUCGAUUUCUAUCAGUUUUAAAGAGGGACAGUGCUGAGGCUGAUGUCAUUUGCUUGUUUGUUUAUUCUCAGGGCAUUUUAAAGGUUUGACAACAACACAGGAAAUCUGAAAACAGAAACAGAAAUUAAAUUCUGUCCUGGUUGUGGCAUCUGAAAGCCAGUGGACACUGGUUCUUUUUAUUGCUUCAUGAAAAUGUAUGAUGUAUAUUACUGUGUGCUGAACAUGAAAUUCAAAUAAGUUUUUUAUAUAAAGGGGUGGUGAGUGCUCUACAUUUCAAGGUCGACAUUCAGGAAAUGGAGCUUCGGCAAGGCUAAACUAAUCGCACGUGUCCAACACGAAAGGGAGACACUUGCAAGCACAUCCUGAAAGCAGGAAAUAUAUGAGGCCACCAAACUGGCUCUGAAUAGCAAACAGCCGGAAAUAUCCACUGCUGGAGCUCCUCCACUUCCUCUAGCCGCCGUACAAUUCAACAAUAUCUGGUGGAACAGAUUAUUUCAGCCCAGGUUGCAAAGAUGAACAUAGUCAUGACAGUGUGCUCUGCUGUCCUCCUUCUAUCUCUAAAUUGUAACUCUCUCAGCUGGAGCUGUCAUUUGGAAUGAAUCAUUCAUAAGAUGGGCACCUCUGGUUCUCAAGCUGUCUAGUGCAUGUAUCCGUUUAAAAUGAAUAGAGCUGGUCAGGGUGCAUUUCACAUGCCAGAAUACUUAAUAUGUAGCAAAGAAUAUGUGAAAGCAUGUCAAAUUUCCAAAUUUCCUUUUUUUUUUUU